AUGAAUCUACCGUCCAAGCGAUCAAACGACCGAGAGGACGGAACUCGAAGCAUGGGAAGUUUUUCGUUAUAGCACUCGAAAAAUACACGAUUUUUAUAGAAGUUAGCAUCGGGAAAGCGCUUGGUGAUGCUGAAAUCGACCCACCAAAAAGAGGCAGAGGCCGUCCUCGCAAAAGCUCAUUUCCCGGUUUAAUAUUUCAUUCACUCAGCAACAAUCAUUUGUUACAGAGAAAGUCGGUAUCAAAGAAACGAGGGAUUGUCCUGAGGAACCACUAAAAUGUGAUAGGGUUCUUAGAAGCUCCGCCCACAGUAAUUUCAAUUACUUUUUUUCAACAAAAGAGUAUGUUCAGAGAUAGCGGUUAUUAAAAAAAUAGUUGAUAGCGAUCCAAAACCACGCAAAACCGGCAAACGACGUCUUCCUGAGAGUGUCAGUCGUGGUAUUUUAGUAAUUUUUUUCUGAAAAAAUGUUAGCCGUUGCAGCAAAUAUCAAUAUAUCAAAAGAAGUUAAGACCGGCACGAAAGAACAGAAACUUCGCAGGAGCUCUCGUUCCAAAAGUGCAAUUUUAGGUGGUUCACAAAAAAUUUUCUCAAAAUGUUUGAUUGUUACAGAAAAAACGGCUGUUGAAAAAAAAGUCGAUAACGCUUCAAAGCCACAAAAACGCAGUAGAGGCCGUGCCUCCGAACGUUCGAUUUCUAGUAAUAGACUUGACAAUUCUUGAAGGGAUUAUUCAGCUUUUCUAGGAUCUAUCACAGUUCAAAAAGGAGCUGAUAGAAAUUCGAAACUACCGAAACGUACCAGUAAUCGUAUUGCUCAACUUUCUGUACCUGGUAAUUUUUUCGAUUUUGCUCUCUAUUAAACUCGUAAUUCGUUAUAGAGAAAAUAGUCAUGGAAAAAGAAGUCAAUGCUCCAAAAAAGCGAGCCAAAAGCUGUACUCCUAAAAACCUGGUUUCAGGUAAUUGCCAUGAUUUUCCUCACGUUGAAUUUUAUUUUUCAGUUGAAAAAGAAGCGAAAAACGAUAAAAAACCACAAAGACGUGGCAGAAAUUGUGCUCCGAAACACCAUGUUCCCGGUAAAAGAACUGUUUAUUAGCAUCUAAAUGUUCUAUAGAUUCGAAAAAAGCGACUUCUGAAACAGGAAAUGGUACGCAACCGCGAAGAUUCACCAGGAGCUGUGCUCCCAAAAGCUCCGAAGGAAGCAAGAAUGAAAAAGAAGAGAAGAAAAAACUACGAAAAAGUGGCAGAGAUUGUGCUCCUGAGACACUUCUUUUCGGUACAUAUAUUAUUCAUACUCAGCCAAGUAAUCUCUAGAUUCAAACGAAGAUACUUCUAAGAAAGUAACCAAGAAAAAAAUAGAAGUGCAUAAAGAUGAAAAGCGACCGAGAAAUGGCAGAAGCCGUUCUGCCAAAAGUUCGAUUUCCAGUAAGUCCUUUGAUAAUAUUUAAAGUAUUCAUUAUUUAUUCUAGAAUCUGUCACAGUCAACAAAGGAGCUGAUAGAGAUUCGAAACUACCGAAACGUGCAAGUCGUCGUAUUGCUCAAAUCUCCGUUCCUAGAAGUUUUCUUGAUUUUUUUUUUCCAAAAUAUUAAUUAUUUGAAGAGAAAACAGCAUCUGAGAAAGAAGUCCAGACUUUAACAAAGCCUGACAAAAGCUGUGUCCCUGAAAACUUAGUUUCAGGUAAUUUUAUUGUUACUCUUUAGUUAUUUUUCGUUUUUACAGUUGAAAAAGAAGCGGAUAACGAUAAAAUACCAUCAAAAUGUGGCGAAGGCCGUCCCUCCGAACUUCCAAUUUCUGGUAAUUGAUUUGAUAAUUUUUGAAGGGUUUAUUCAGCUUUCCUAGGAUCUGUUACCAUCAAAAAAGAAGUUGAUAAGGAUUUGAUACCAUUGAAACGUGCAAGUAGUCGGAUUUCUCAACCUUCCGGACCUGGUAGUUUCCAAAUAUCGGCUUUCAAAAUAUUCAUUUUUCGAAGAGAGAAUAGCUUCUGAAAAAGAAAUAAAUGUUCCAAACAAGCGAGCCAGAAGCUGUACUCCUGAAAACCUUGUUCCAGGUAUUUUUUUUGAUACUUUUUAGGUUACAUUUCGUUUUUACAGUUGAAAGAGAAGCGGAUAACGACAAAAAAUUGUCAAAAAGUGGCGAAUUCUGUGCUCCUGAACAACGUAGUUCUGGUACAUAAUUUAUUCAUGUUAAUCCAAAUUUUCAUAGAUCCAAAUGAGGAGACUUCUAAAAAAAGACGAUUAUUUUUUUAUACAAGUUUAGUUAUUCGCUUUAGAAGAAAGGGCUGUCGAAAAUCACUUCGAGACUGUUACGGAACCCGAAAAGCUCGGCAGAGGUCGUCCGAAUUUUUUUGUUCUAUUUAUUUCGAGGGUUUCAUCCAUCCGUUUUAGAAGAGGUCUCUACCAAAAAAGAAGUUGUUGCUGAAACGAAACCAAAACUUGCCAAGAGUUGUGCUCCCGAAAGCUCCGUUUUUGGUACUUUCCAGGAAUUUUGAAAAUAAGUCGUUUUAAUUUUUACAGAAGGAACUGUUGGUAGAAAAGAUGUUGAUAAGGAUGUGAAGCCAAAAAUAAGCGACAAAGGACUUUCUUCUACACAACCGAUUUCCGGUAUUUAUCUUAAUAUUUUUUUGUGGUGAAAUGUUUUUCUAGACUCUGUAACCACUAAAAAGAAGGUCGAUGAUGAUUUGAAUCUACCAAGAAGUGCUGUUAGCCGUAUUUCUAAAGGCUCAGAGCCUGGUGGUUUUCACUUUUCGAUUUUUUUAAUGAAAAUAUUCUUUCGUUACAGAGAAAAUUGUCAUUAAAAAAGAAGUUAAGAAUUCUGAAAAGCGAGUCGAAAGCUGUGCCUCUGCAAGCUUGGUUUCAGGUAUGUUUCAUGAUAAUCUCAGGUUGGACUUCAUACUUACAGUUGUAAAAGAAGAGGGAAACCAUCAAAAAUCACGAAAACGUGGCAGAGACUGUGCUCCUGAGCACCGUAUUUCCGGUGAAUAUUUUAUAUCGGGCAAAGUUGGAAUGGUGGAAAUGGUCGCUGAAAGGGAGAGGCUCGAAAAAGGUCGCAGAAAGGCAGUAAAAAGAUUCCCUUUAUCGAGCCACUUGUUUUUUCUAGAAUCUUAAGGUCCAUGAAAUUUUGGAGAAAGAGAGGCAGAAAAAAUGGUGGAUAAGAGCCCAUGAAAUGGCGCAAAAAGGCUGCAAAAUCGGAGCCUUUAUAACCUUAACAGGAACAUUUCUUUGGUGCCUUUUUCGUCCCUUUCCGACUUUUUUUUAUGAAUAAUUUGCAGCGAUUCGUUAUAUUGUUUCAGAAAAUGAGACUUCUGAGAAGACUGGUGAUACGAAACGACAAAAACUCGCCCAAGACAUUCAGUCUGAAAGCUCUAUUUCGAGUAGGUUUUAAAAAUUUUUCAUGAUAUUACUCAAAUUUAUAGAAAAAGUCGCUGUUAAAAAAGAAGUCGCUAACGAUCCAAAACCACAGAAACGUGGAAGAGGCCACCCCUCCAAACGUUCCGUUUCUGGUAAUUGACUUGAUGAAUUUGGAAGGGUUUGUUCAGCUUUCCCAGAACCUGUCACAGUUCAAAAAGAAGUUGAUGUGGAUUCGAAACUACCAAAACAGGCGAACAAUCUUGUUUCUCAGCUUCCCGUGCCUGGUAAUUUCCGUGAUAUUUUUCUUGAAAAUAAUGCGUUUGGUACAGAGAAAACCGUUGUGGAGAAAGAAGUUGCGACCGAGGAAAAACCAACAAUUCGUCCCAAAAGCUCAGCUCCCGAACACUUCAUUUCUGGUAGUUUUGAUUAUCCAAUUAUAUAUUUUUUUUCCUCAAAUCUAUUGCGAAAAAAAGGAAAUGUUUUUUUGAUAAUUUGUAACUUUAGAGAGAAUAAAUUUCGGUAGUUUCGAGUCUUUAUCUUUAUCGUUGAGAAUAAAAAAAGAUUUUUUUGUUACAAAAUUAGAGAUUUUUCGAAUUUGGCUACUUUUAUACUGUUUACUAGCUUUGGAAAGAGUCCUUUAUUCCAAUUCCAAUUUCGAUUUUUUUUUUUUUGGUUUUUUUUCAAUAUUUUUACACUUUUUAUGUGAGUUCAUUCACAUUCAACUGUGUUGGGAGAUUUUUUACACCUAUUUAAUUAUUCGCUUCAGAAGAAAACGCUCUCGAAAAUGUUUUCGAUCCUUUUACGGAACCCAAAAAGGUCGGCAGAGGUCGUCCGAAAAGUUCGUUUUUUUCGUUCUAUCAAUUUUGAGCAUUUUAACCAUCCGUUUCAGAAGAUAAAGCUACCAAAAAAGAAGUUGUUGCUGAAAAGAAAACCAAACUUGGCAGAGCUUGUGCUCCCAAAAACUUCAUUUUCGGUGAUUUUUUUUUCAAUUUUUCCAUAAGACGAAUCGUUUCUCACAGAAGAAAUCGAUUCCGAAAAGGAUCUCGAGAGUGUGGCGAAACCAGGGAAACUUAGAAGAGGCCGUCCUCCCAAAAACGCUACUUUUGGUCAGUCUGAUAUUAAUGUACCAUUUUUCCUGUGUCUUUCAAGAAAAACCGUUGAAAAAAGCAGUGAAAGAGUCGAAACGUGCUGAAAAGAAGACCGAAAAAACGAACAUCCAGGUUUCGGAAUUUCGAAAGAUCCCAUUUUUAGAGAUUUUUCAGUUUUUAUCAGAGGAGGUAGAAGUCUUGGACGAUGUCGAUGAAGGAGUUUCGUUACUUUUGCCUUGCGAUUUUGCGAGAUUGAAAAGUUUAUGGACUGCGAUGGUUAGCGAGUGCGACGGGGAUGUUGUUGAACGGUUUGAUAACCAUUUUUCCAACGGUUUUUUGUUAUUUUUUUGAGUUAACUAUAAAAAUUUUUUUCGAGAUGUUCAUCGUAGAAGGGAUAGUAGAAUUAAAAAAUGGGAAAAUUCAGAAAAUUCAGAAAUCAAAAAAUUUCCUAAAAAAAUGCUCCUGAGAAAGUAUAAAAAAAGUUACUUUAUGUCGCCUUUCUGGUAAGAUUUCCAGGAGAAAUUUCGAAAGCAAGUAUAAAAAUAUCCUGCUAUGCGCCAUAGAAAACCGAGAAAAAUUUCUAGGAUGUGUACAGAAAAAGUUUACUUUUUUAUCUGAUUUUUUGGUUCCCAGAAAUUUUAAUGAAAAAAAAUCUUGUGAUUCCGUUUUCAAUAAAUGUUUUCGAUUGCCUUCUUUCGAUUUUUUUAACUUUUUAUUUUCCCUACCCAGGCCUCUUUCUUCAAAAGUUUGGACCAGAUCCACGAUUUUAUUUUCUCGGAUAAAAUUCUAGUUUCAUUCUACACAGAAUACGAUGACAAUUUCGAUUCCAGGUAUUAUUUUCUCGCCAAAAGCUUGCUUCUUGGACGCAUUUCUUCUUAUCAACCGCUGGAUGUUCUGGUUUCCCUCUGGACUAUUCAGUUAAUUCAAAAAAAUAUCUUUGAGCUGCACGAUUUCCCCCUUCAAAUCAAAGAGUCCCAUCUCGAGUUUUUUAGCUGCUUAUCCCAAAUUUCCGGCGUCGUAAGUCCAAUUUUUGCUCUUCAAACUCGUUUUGUUCUCAGUUUCAACACGAAUACCAUAACAAGUCGGCACUGAUUUCAAGAGUUGGGUUUUUCUUCCUUUUCGCCAUCCAAGGAGUCAAAUUUUAAGCACAUCGUUCCGGGUGUCAAGGAACUCUACGCGUUGCUCUUGCUCCGUUCUUUGCUCCGGAAUGUCCGGCUGGCCUAUUCUGUCGAGGGCCACGAGGCCGCCUAUCAGAUCAGCAGCAUCAUCCGAGUUUGUUUUUGGGCAAUUUACUGUUUAAAACGAUUGAAGUCUUUGAAAAAAGUUUUUUCUUUUUUCAUAUAGUCUGUUUUUCGCGACUUCUCUGCGCCCUCCUCUUCUCUCGAAGAAUCUCUCAUUUCGAAGUGCUCUUUUCACGUUUCUCUGAUUUCUCCGGUGAGGGAACAGAGAGACGCAGACACUCUGAAACUGUCAAUUCGCGGCGAACGGACUAUAUUGACGAGAGAACAAAGUUUAGAAUAAUAGUAGGAUUUUUGAAAGUUUAGCUUGCUAUCAAACAAAAAGUCGAUGUAAAUUGAUAAGGAGUAUUCUUUCUUCAAUAGGGCUAUUUUUGAUUUUUUUUUUUUUUAAACGUACAUGCGAAUACCUUUGAAAAUAAAAAAUAAGUAAAUUUCGGAUUUAAAGUCAACUUACAGAGUUUCACAGAUUGAGUAGGAAACGUGGUUCAAAACUGAGCAAUUGUUUAAAAAGUCCGUUAUGGAGCAAAAAUAUGAAAAUAGUACGGUAUGUCUUGACAGUGCACGUCAAAAAAAAAUUUUCCGUUUCUGUCUUUUUGCAAGGUAUACAUUCAAUAUACAUGAUGCAUCAUAUUUGCUAGCUUAAUAAACCCUUAUCACUUUCAUUUUCACUGUAGACGUGCCUCAAAGAUGAAGUAGACGGCGCGUUAGAAAGACAAACCGAAACUCGAGGAAAUGGAGAAACUCGACUUCUCAAACUGCAACACUUCAAGCUGCCCGUUUUGGUCAGUUUUUCCUAUCAAUUUCUCAGUUUCUCCCCUUUUUCAGUGUGAUCUAACCCCCAAUGUAAAGCUAUUUUUCAGACGGAGUUAUUCCCGAAAGAAUGA